AUGAAUAAGUAUGAGAUCAUAGGAGUUGUUGGAGAAGGAGCUUAUGGAAUAGUUCUGAAAUGUAGAAAUAAAGAAACAAAUGAAUGUGUCGCAAUAAAGAAAUUCAAAGAGACAGAAGAUGAUGAGACAGUUAAGAAAAGUAUAUAAAGAGAGGUGAAAAUGCUGAGAUUGCUAAAACAUCCAAAUAUUAUCUAGCUUAAGGAAGCAUUUAAAAAAAAGGGCAAAAUAUUUCUGGUAUUCCAAUUCGUGGAUAGAAACCUAUUGGAGCUAUUGGAAGAAAGAAAAUAAUUAGACUAGGAAAGCAUCAAACGAGUAGUAUUCUAAUUAGUUUUGGCUAUUCAUGCAUGUCAUUAAGUUGGGAUUGUACAUAGAGACAUAAAACCGGAAAAUUUGUUAGUUGAUAACGAAUUGAAUAUAAAAUUGUGCGAUUUUGGUUUUGCCAGAACAAUAUAAUGUCAAGAGUAGUUAACAGAUUAUGUGGCAACAAGAUGGUAUAGAUCUCCAGAACUAUUGAUCUCAAAUAAUUAUGGUAGACAAGUGGAUAUCUGGGCAAUCGGAUGCAUAAUGGGAGAGUUAAUAGAUGGUUAGCCCCUAUUUCCAGGUGAGAAUGAGAUGGAUCAAUUGUAUUUGAUUUAAAAAAUUAUUGGGCCUUUGACUCAAGAGUAGAUGGAAAGAUUUUAAAAAAACCAAAGGUAUUUAGGGAUGAAAUUUCCAGACAUAAUUAAGAGUGAAACAAUAGAGAAAAGAUAUUAAGGCAAGAUGUGUAAUAAAGGUUUGAAUUUUUUAAAAUCUUGUUUAAUAAUGGAUCCAAAUAAAAGGUUGACAGCCCUUGAAUGUUUAGAACAUUCAUAUCUACAGGAAUUUUGGAACAAAGAGAUUGAAAACAGACCAAAAAGCAAUUUCCAAAGAAGAAUUAGUUGUGAAAGGGAUGAUUCCAAACCAAACAUAAUUAAUUAAUAUGAUUUAGGUGACUCGAAACCAAAGAAAAUCUUAGAAAAGGCUAUUCCAUAAACUAUUUAGAAUUAAACCUUAAUUUAGAAAUAAGUUUAUAAUUAUAGAAUUGGCGAUGAUAUAUCAGAAUUUGGAAAGGAAGGGGAGGACACUAAAUCUUAAAUGCAUAAGACUUUCAAUUAGUCAUUUAAAAUAAAGUUUAAUGACACUCUUCCAUAAAGUAGAUUAGGAUCAGAAUAAGAUAAAAGAAUUAAUCGUAUCAUUGGAUUGCCUGGAGUUAAAGAUGAUCCUAAACAGCAACAUUAACAUAUCUUAGAACAUCAACCAAAAUAAUAAUCUUCAUCUAUUACCAAAUCCCCACAAAAGAGAAAUUCUAUAUAAUAACCAUCUUUUCAUGUCCAAGGCUAGUAUAAUUUGUAACCACAAAAACUGAAUUUAGUCUAUAAUGCCAAUACAUAUAACUAUUCAAUAAAAAAGUCAUACAUCUCUAAAAAAUGA